AUGAAGCUGAUUCAAUCCUUUCCCAGACGCAAGACCGCGGUGCUUACGCAAUUACGAACCCGCCGCUUACCACUAAACCAACACUUACAUCGUAUUGGGAAACGCGAUGACCCACAUUGCGAACACUGCCCAGAUCUCGACGAGACAGUGCGACACUACCUAUUCUCGUGCCCACGCUGGGGCCGAGCUCGACAGGCUCUCAUGUUCUCACUUGGACGAGACGCCUUCACCGAAAGCCACCUCCUUAACGACCCCAAUGGAAUAAAAGAAGUCAUGAAGUUCGUUGAUCAGACUGGGAGAUUCCGAUCUACCUUCGGAUCGGUACGUCGCACGUUAUAUUCGGGCACAUAA